AUGCACGCCUUCAGGGCGUGCCGCGGCAGCCGGCACGCUUGGACCUGGUCCUCGGUGCUGCUGGUGCUGGUUGUUCUGUCGAGGUAUCGCGCGGACGCGGUCAGGCAGGAACCGCAACAGCAACGUGUUCCGGUGGAUGGCCAAAUUCAUCCCUGGGGCGCUGCCGCUGCCUCGCCGCGUCGCGCCGGCGCCGCUUUCCGCGCCCGCACGAGGGCGGAUGGGCGCCCCGUCGCCGUCGCCGCCGCCGCCCCCGGCCGGCCGGCGACGGGGCCUGCGCCGCCCACGGCGCGGCGCGCCCUGAAGGAUCACGAGCCGAACAUCCUUCUCCCGAACGCCUCGGCCGCCGUCUGCCCCGGCCCGAUCGUGCCUGGCGCCAAGCUCCUCGUGCGCGUGUCGUGCGUCGUCGGCCUGCUGCCGCGGCGCCUGGGCAUGCCGGGCGCGGAGAUGGCGGGCGUGCCGUCCAAGGCGGUAUCGCUGCCGACAGUCAUCGUUGAUGACAACCUGGAGAACCCGCAGGACAUCGCAGUGCAGCCGG